AUGGUCUUCCCUUUUGUGGAGACCAGGACACUCCUGCCUCGACCUCCCCAUUCCCCUCUUUCUCCUUCCCCUCUCCAUUUCCGUAAAGGGGCCUCUCCUCCACAACCCCAAGCCAAAUUCAGCUGCUGCCCCUCAACUUCAUGUCAGCCACGAGCACACCUCCAGAUGGAGGAUGAACUGCGGCUUCCUCCCCUACCCCCUCCCCUCCCUCUUCCCUUCCUCCUCUGCUCUGGGAAGAGACUAUCCCCGCCCUGCAGUUACGUCACAAUAGGGGGAUGUGAGUGGGGCGCUAGCAGCUCGGGGUCUGCGUACCCUUCACCCGCCUCCCUUCCACUCCCCCCCACACCCUUUCCCCCCGUUGAGCCCAUCUCAUCUCCACCUUCCAGACUGACAGACCCUGAGGGUCCUGCGAGUGCCCAAGUGGCAGUGUGUGAGGGAGGAAAAGAAAAUGGAGCACAACUGAUGGAUGAAUUUGGGAAAAGAUGUGCCAUGUGUAACACCUGUGGACCUCUCACCUCCUGGACAGGAAGGAACUCUCUAGAGGUUAACAACAGGAACAUCUGAGGAGUCUCUACCAGUAACUUCAAAUGAUAAAGGAAACCCAAUGAAGUGGUGCCCUUGAAGACAUGCUAUUUUCCAGACUGCUCCAAGGAAAGAUGUGCCAGGGACCAGACAACUGUAUGGAUGUCUGAGAUUCAGUGUGAAAUGGACUGAUUGAAUGGAUAUUGGGAAGGAGUACUAAAUUGCAAGGAGACAAUUUUUUGUUAAUAUUGAUGUCCAUUAAAUGUUUUACAUGAUUGCACAUGUUUACACUAUAUUAAAUUGCUU